AUGGGUAUUAUUAUAACUAGUAAUACUCCCAAUAAUCAUCCCAAUCAUCAUAAUAAUCAUCAUAAUUCCAAUUCCAAUCACCAUACUCAUCAACAUCAUUCUAAUCCAAGAAAAAAUAUGCAAUCUUCAUUAGAUAUAAUCAAUACCACUACAACCAAUACUCCUCCACAAUUAUUACCACCAAAUACAGGUCCUCCCGGCACAACCCCAACCAAUGCAUCUUCAACCGCCAAUAAGAAUCUAAGUCAUGUACCAUGUAAAUUCUAUAGACAGGGGAUAUGUCAAGCAGGUAAUUCAUGUCCUUUUAGUCAUAAUUUAGAUGGGUCAUUAGCUGCUGAUAAAUUGCCUUGUAAAUAUUUUCAAAAGGGCAAUUGUAAAUUUGGAUUAAAAUGUGCUUUGGCUCAUUUCUUACCUGAUGGGACUAGAAUUAAUUCAAAGAAUUUAUUAAAUUAUGGGAAUGGACAACAACAACAACUGAUUAGACAAAUUAAUAGAGGGUCUUCAUCGUUCAAUUAUACAACUACUAGUGGUGGUGGUGGAGGUGGUGGAAGUGGGACAGGUAUUCUUGGUAGUGCUAAUAGUACUAAUAAUUCUCCACCUGCUAGCAUGGAUAGAUCAGAUAGUUAUUCUAGCUCAAUUGCAACUUCUCCUACUAAUAUUCAAUAUCCUAAUCCCAAUAAUAAUAAUAAUGUUGCCAAUUUCAUAAAUAUAGGUACGCCCCAGGGGCAACCACCACCCCAACAAUAUGCUGGUCAAUAUACUCCUGAUAGAUAUAGAUCCAAUUCAUUUGGAAAACAACAAGAAUCAUCAUAUUUCCCCCCUCAACCAUAUUCAACAUCACUUCAACAAUUACCCCAACAAACAAGUAGACACCCAUCACAGGGUACCUUCCAGCAACAACAACAACAAUUACCUACUCCACAUCAACAUCAACAGCAAGUUCCACAGAUGUUCACAUCUCAUUCAUAUACUGGUGGAUAUGUUUCUCAACAACAACAACAAGCACAACAAACACAGCAACAACAAAAUAUUCAAAUGACAAGAUCAUUUUCUACAAGUUAUACAAUCCCUUCAUCAUCAUCGAACACAUCAACUAGAUUAUCAUUAGGUUCACAAAAUGGCGGAUAUUUUUCAAACUUCACCCAAGAUUCAGCCAUACUUGAUGACGAUUAUGAUGAUGAUUUAGAUACAUCAUUUGCAGAAGAGGAUUAUGUGCCUGGUAGUUUGAGUGAUAUUAUCCUCACUCCGCAAGAAUUGAGGAGACGUGAUUCAAGGAGUCAGAGUGGGACUUUGAUGGGUGGUGGAUCGAUUUGGAAUGUGGAGGAGGGUGCUGGUGGGAAUGGGAAUGGGGGAAUGAUGCAUAGAGGAAGUGGGAGUUUUGGUGGUGGAGGGAAUGAUGUGUUUAGAAAGAGAGGGAUGAGUGGGAAUCAAGAUGAUGUUUUCUUGAUGGAAUAG